AUGCGCCCUGCGAGCCCGAUCACAUUUGCGGGUCGUGGCUGCGCGAUGGGGAAUGACGUGGUCAUAGUAUCGCGCCACUUUGUCAUCCAAUCCACGAAUCGUGUGUAUAGCGUUCCCUCCACAUCGACAGCGUACCGUUUCGUUGUAGAGUCCGCGCGUUACAGUAAAACGUUUGAACAAAAUUUGAGCACUAUGGCACCAAAUUCAGCAGAUGCGAAUGGGGUCUUAUUUGAAAGCGACGCUGCCACACCAGACAUGGCACUUACCAAUGCUCCAGUAAUGAAAGCCGAUAAUUACCCAAAGAAAUACGUUUGGCGAAAUAUAAUCGCAUUUGCAUACUUGCACAUAGCAGCUAUUUAUGGAGGCUAUUUGUUCUUAUUCUCUGCUAAGUGGCAGACUGAUAUAUUUGCCUACAUACUAUAUUUAAUGUCUGGAUUGGGAAUAACGGCUGGUGCCCACAGACUUUGGGCCCACAAGUCUUACAAAGCAAAAUGGCCUCUUCGUCUUAUCCUUGUAAUAUUUAACACUUUGGCUUUCCAGGAUUCAGCUAUAGACUGGGCUCGUGACCAUCGCAUGCAUCACAAAUAUUCGGAGACAGAUGCUGACCCGCACAAUGCUACGCGUGGUUUCUUUUUCUCCCACAUCGGGUGGCUUCUUGUUAGAAAGCACCCAGAACUUAAGAAAAAGGGCAAGGGUCUAGAUCUGAGUGACCUAUAUGCUGAUCCCAUCUUGCGCUUCCAGAAAAAAUACUACAUGUUACUCAUGCCAAUAGCCUGCUUCGUUCUUCCAACCGUGAUACCAGUGUACUGCUGGGGAGAAUCCUGGCUGAACGCCUACUUCGUAGCCGCGAUGUUCCGUUACGCCUUCAUCCUCAACGUAACCUGGCUGGUGAACUCCGCAGCCCACAAAUGGGGCGACAAACCCUAUGACAAGAGCAUUCAGCCAUCCGAAAACAUGUCCGUCGCUAUUUUUGCCCUGGGCGAAGGGUUCCACAACUACCACCACACGUUCCCAUGGGACUAUAAGACGGCCGAACUCGGGAACAACAGGAUCAACUUCACCACCAGUUUCAUUAAUUUCUUUGCUAAGUUCGGAUGGGCGUACGACCUGAAAACUGUGUCUGAUGAAAUCGUACAGAGUCGAGUCAAGAGAACGGGGGACGGAACCCAUCCGCUUUGGGGCUGGGGUGAUAAGGAUCACUCUAAGGAAGAAAUGGACGCGGCUAUAAGGAUCAAUCCCAAGGAUGAAUAA